AUGCCGACAAGUUCAUGCAGCAUUGAAAUUCCGGAGUCCUACGAGACUCUGAAUUUCCCUGAUGUGAAGAUAUCUCAUCAUCCUGGCGGUACUUCGACUGCUACCCCGGUCGUGAUUCUUACCUUGAACCGGCCUGAGAAGUACAAUGCGUUCACGUCGGAGAUGGCCAAUAGUCUGACAGAGGCUUACAAUAUUUUCAACGUGGACUCGCGUGUCAAAAUGGUUGUUUUAACAGGAGCAGGCAGGAUGUUUUGCGCGGGAUCGGAUCUCGAUGUUGGCUUUGGGGAUGGUCAAGGGAGUGCCGUUGAGUUCCGUGAUAUGUCAGUGGUGCCUGGCGGUCGAGUUGCUUUGGCGAUGCAUCGGUGUCACAAACCUACCAUUGCCGCCCUUCAAGGCUCGGCAGUGGGCGUCGGCAUGACGAUGACUCUACCAGCUGCAGUUCGCAUAUGCCACGAGAAGAGCAAGUACGGCUUCGUCUUCACUCGACGCGGACUCACCAUCGAGUCGUGCGCUUCGUAUUUUCUUCCUCGCUUGGUGGGAUACUCGCGUGCGAUGCAUCUGAUUACCACCGGUGCGGUUUAUCCCCCGUCGAGGAAGUAUUUCGGAGACCUCUUUACUGAGGUGCUCCCCGACUCGGACCAAGUUUUAAUCCGCGCGUUGGAAAUGGCCGAGGACAUGGCCAAAAAUGUCAGCCCUCUGGCGUCGUCAAUGAGUCGCGCGCUGAUGUGGCGGGGUCCAGGCUCCCCCGAAGAGGCUCACCUGCUUGAGUCGCGUAUCUUUCAUCAUAUGGUCGGUCAGAAAGACUACAAGGAAGGCGUAAAUGCUUUCCUUGAGAAGCGAUCACCGAGAUUCGAGGUCGACCCUGGGGAGAAGAGCGCCCCCAGUUACCCGUGGUGGCCAUCAACGGACAUUGCUCUGGGUCCUAUAGUCUUGAAACCCUCUAAGCUGUGA